AUGCGUGAGAUUAUCCAUCUUCAAACCGGCCAAUGUGGCAACCAAAUCGGCACAGCCUUCUGGCAAACCAUUCAUGGCGAGCAUGGCUUGGAUCAAGAUGGAGUCUUCCGCGGCACCGAUGAGCAGCAAUCCGAGAGACUGAGCGUCUACUUCACCGAGGCUGCGAAACAAAAGUACGUCCCCCGUGCCGUCCUGGUCGAUCUCGAGCCCGCGACGAUGGACGCUAUCCGUUCCGGUCCGCUCGGCGACUUCUUCCGCCCGGACAACAUGGUCUACGGCCAAUCCGGCGCCGGCAACAACUGGGCCAAGGGCCACUACACCGAGGGCGCCGAGCUGGUCGACCAGGUCCUUGACGUCGUGCGUCGCGAGGCCGAGGACUGCGACAGUCUGCAGGGCUUCCAGAUCACCCACUCGCUCGGCGGCGGCACCGGCUCCGGCAUGGGUACCCUCCUCAUCGCAAAGGUCCGCGAGGAGUUCCCCGACCGCAUGAUGGCCACCUUCUCCGUCCUGCCCUCCGCCAAGGUCUCCGAGGUCGUCGUCGAGCCCUACAACGCCACCCUGUCCAUCCACCAGCUCGUCGAGAACUCGGACGAGACCUUCUGCAUCGAUAACGAGGCCCUCUACGACAUCUGCCGCCGCACCCUGAAGCAGGCCCACCCGUCCUACGGCCACCUCAACCACCUGGUGUCCAGGGUCAUGUCCGGCCUGACCACGGGCUUCCGCUUCCCCGGCCAGCUGAACGCCGACCUCCGCAAGCUGGCUGUCAACCUCGUGCCCUUCCCGAGACUGCACUUCUUCACCGUCGGCUUCGCGCCCCUCACGUCGUCCGCCUCCUUCUCGAACCUCGGCGUCGCCGAGCUCACCCAGCAGAUGUUCGACCCCAAGAACGUCAUGCUGGCCUCCGACUUCCGCGACGGCCGCUUCCUGACCUGCUCCACCAUGUUCCGCGGAAAGGUGUCAAUGAAGCAGGUCGAGGACCAGAUCCACGCCAUCAAGACCAAGAACUCGGCCAACUUUGUCGAAUGGAUCCCCAACAACAUCCAGACGGCCCACUGCUCCGUGCCGCCCAAGGGCUUGGACGUCUCGUCCACCUUCAUCGGCAACUCCACCGCCAUCCAGAACAGCUUCCGCAGGGUGGGCGACCAGUUCAGCCUCAUGUUCCGCAGGAAGGCCUUCCUGCAUUGGUACACCGGCGAGGGCAUGGACGAGAUGGAGUUCACCGAGGCCGAGUCCAACAUGAACGACCUCGUGUCCGAGUACCAGCAGUACCAGGAUGCCGGCAUGGACGACGACUACGCCGACGAGGAGUACGGCGAGGAGGCUCCCGCCGAGGAGGAAUGA